GAAACACGCGAGCUGUUUGCUGCUGCUGCUUCUGGAUCCGGGGAUUCUGGGAGCGCGCAGCUCGCAGGAUUUUGCGCAGAAGUUGCAUUCGGGACUGAUUCUCCUCUCGACCGGGACAGACAGGGAUGGGGUCCCCGUGCGGAGCGGGAUGGAGAGGACGGACGCUCCUGGUCUGGGUGGCCGCUGUCAGCUUGGCUCUAGCGGACGGAAGGAGAGCGCGGCAGCCCCGCUGUCCCUUCGGGUGCACCUGCACCAAAGAUAAUGCCCUGUGUGAGAAUGUGCGAUCAGUCCCGCACACUUUCCCCACCGACGUGGUUUCUCUAUCUUUUGUCAAGUCCGGAUUUCAUGAAAUCACAGGAGGAAGCUUUGUUCAUACACCCGCCCUCCAACUUCUAUUGUUCACAGCAAAUUCAUUUGACUUAAUCGAUGAAGAUGCCUUCCUGGGUUUACCACAUCUUGAAUAUCUAUUCAUUGAAAACAACCAGAUUGCUUCAAUUUCUCCAUAUGCAUUCCGGGGCUUGAAGGCACUCAUCCAUCUGAGUCUGGCUUACAACAACCUGGAGACGCUACCCAAAGAUGUUUUCAAAGGAAUGGACGCUUUGACCAAAGUGGAUCUACGGGGGAACAACCUGAUAUGUGACUGUAAGCUCAAGUGGUUGGUGGAGUGGAUGUACCACACUAACGCCACCUUGGAUCAGAUCUACUGUAGUGGGCCACCAAUCCUCCAGGGGAGGAUGAUUAACGAUCUGCUGCCACAUUCUUUUGACUGCAUCACGGCAGAGUUUGCCUCCUAUCAGUCAUUGAAGUUUGAGUCUAUAUCAGUGGAGGCCUUCACCUUUGGUAAGGAUCAGUAUGUUGUCUUUGCCCAACCGUUUGCUGGGACGUGCACCUUCCUGGAAUGGGAUCAUGUAGAGAUGAACUUUAGAACCUACGACACCAUUGAAAGUAUCUCCACUGUGGUCUGCAAGCCCAUGGUGAUUGACAACCUCCUCUUUGUCAUUGUGGCCCAGCUGUUUGGCGGCUCGCACAUCUACAAGCGCGACAUCUCGGCCAACAAAUUCAUCAAGAUCCAAGACAUUGACAUCCUGAAGAUUCGCAAACCCAAUGACAUUGAGACCUUCAUGAUUGAUGGGGAAUCUUUCUUUGUCAUUGCUGACAGUUCUAAGGCUGGCUCCACGACAGUGUACAAAUGGAACGGCAAUGGGUUCUACUCCCACCAGUCACUCCAUCCGUGGUACCGGGACACAGAUGCAGAGUAUUUGCAAAUCUCCAACAAACCCCACUUGAUUUUAUCCAGCAGCUCCCAGAGGCCUGUUGUGUAUCAGUGGAACAGAAACCAGAAAAACUUUGACCGGCGUACCGACAUCCCAGAAAUGGAGGAUGUCUUCUCCAUUAAACACUUUCUUGUUAAAAGUGAGCUGUUCAUCUGCUUGACAAGAUUCAUUGGAGACUCCAAAGUAAUGCGUUGGGAUGGUGCCAUGUUCAAAGAGGUCCAGACGUUCCCUUCCCGGGGCUCGAUGGUGUUCCAGCCUGUCUCCAUUGGCAACUGGCAGUAUGCCAUUUUAGGCAGUGAUUAUUCACUGACACAGGUCUACCAAUGGGACACCAAGAGAGCCCACUUUGUCCCAUCACAGGAGCUGAGUAUCCAGGCACCCAGAGCAUUCUCUCUGGUAUCUAUUGACGACCGGGUGUUCUUGCUUGCCUCCAGCUUCAAAGGAAAAACUCAGAUUUAUGAGCACCUCAUGAUUGAUCUGAGCAGUUAAAUAUAUUUGGGACAAAUUGUACAUCUAACAAUCCUGUAAUUGUGAUGAAUUUGUUAGAGCAUUUGAAAUACACCAGCAGUUUCCACCUUUCACCAAACCAAGUUCAGACGGUCAAAAAAAGUAUGUCAUAAACAUCUCAAUAAACAUUA